AUGUGGAUGAUCAUCCGCCGUGCUGGAAUGAGAGCACUGGUAAGGCUGAAUCAAGUUCUGAAGAGAGCUUCGAUGAAGAACAACACAGUUGUUCUAACGACAUUAAACAGUGCAUGGGUUACACCCAAUUCGGUGCUGGACCUUUUUCUGACGAGCUUUAAGCUGGGAAACGGCACACGGAGGUUCUUGAGGCAUCUGGUGAUCAUCGCCUUGGACGAGAAGGCAUACAAUCGUUGCCGAAUCGUACAUCGCCAUUGCUUUGCUCUCCGCACACAUGGCGUCGAUUUUCGCGAAGAAGCUUACUUCAUGACCCCCAAUUACUUGAACAUGAUGUGGCGAAGGAUUGAUUUCUUAAAGGAUGCGGAUAUCCUGUGGUUCAGGGAUCCAUUUACACGGUUCAUCCCCGAUGCCGAUUUCCAAAUAGCUUGCGACUAUUACAAAGGCUCCUCCGAUGAUAUGGAAAACAACCCUAAUGGUGGAUUCUAUUACGUAAAGUCCAACAAUCGGACCAUAGAGUUCUACAGAUUCUGGUUUUCUUCACGUGAAACUUAUCCCAAACAUCACGACCAAGCUGUUCUCGACAAGAUAAAAUCCCAUCCUUACAUCUCGGAGAAAAUCCGGUUGCGGAUCAAGUUCUUGGACACUGCGUACUUCGGCGGUCUCUGUGAACUCAGCAAGGAUUUAAACCAAGUCUGCACCAUGCAUGCGAAUUGCUGUUAUGGGAUGCUUAACAAGCUCAAUGAUAUGAAGAUCAUGCUUCAAGAUUGGAGGACUUUCAACUCGUUGCCGCUUAAACAUCGGAACGUGUCGAUUUUCACGUGGCGAGUCCCUCGGUUCUGCAGGUAAACCCGGAAUUGUUUUCUUCUAUACUGCAGGUAAACUCGGAAUUGUUUUCUUUUUAAGUGUUGU